GAAAAAGUGGAAUAGCUGUGAGUGCUACAGUCAAUGAACGCUAGAGUGCAGGCGGCCUAUCAGCUCAGAGAGCCAGAGAGAGAUGCCCCGUGAGACUGUUUCUCUAACGUGAAGCGUGCUCAGUCGAUUUGACUUACUUCAGCCCGGCCGCUGUGCCCGCCUUUCCAAAAGCAUCCUGCUCAACAAGGACAGACAAGUGGCGUCACCCAGAGCUGCUCCGCCACCGCCAGUCACUGAUCUAGUGCCCUGUUUCACUGAGGAACAGCUUCAUCCCUCCAAGCUCUACGCUGCCACUCAGUUGGAGAAGCUCGGGCACCGGUCUGCCUCUGCAUCUCGGAUCAUCAAGCUACUUACAGACAGAUAAAAGUCUUUCUGGAGGUCGCAGCAGUUCCUGCACUGGACUUUGAGCUGAAGAUUCAGCACUUGCACCUGAGCCCCAGCAGAUCCCAUCAUGCCUCACUCGUUCCAGCACAAAAAAGCCCAGCAGAUUCUCCUGCUGUGCCAAGGAGCGAACGGGAUGAGAAAAGACGGGGUACCUGUGGUUUGGAAUCACCCCAAACAAGGUUUCCAGGAACUUGACAAAAUGGCUUGCGCAGCAGACAGCUGCAUACAAUUCACGCGCCAUGCCAGUGAUGUUCUGCUCAACCUGAAUCGGCUGCGCAGCAGAGACAUCCUCACAGACGUGACCAUCCUGGUUAACAGGCAGCAGUUUCGUGCACACAAGACUGUUCUCAUGGCUUGCAGUGGGCUCUUCUACACCAUCUUUACUGACUCCCACAAGUGCAACCUUAAUGCCAUCAGUCUGGACCCAAAGGUGGACCCAGAAGGCUUUGCCAUCCUGCUGGAGUUUAUGUACACCUCCCGACUCACACUAAAGGAAAGCCUGAUCAUGGCUAUCAUGAAUACAGCCAUCUACUUGCAGAUGGACCAUGUUGUGGACACCUGCCAGAGAUUCAUCAAAUCUAGUGAUCCAGCAGCUAAGCUACCAAGAGAUGAAUUCCUGAUCAGUCCCUUGGUUUUACCUCAGGAUGUUCACGCGUACCGGCCCCACGAUGUUGUUGACAGUUUGCACGGCCGCUUAGCUCCGUUCAGGGACGGAAGGCCCUACGGCACAAACUUGUUCGGCGGGGUCAGUACCCCCGGUAACUACCACCUCUACGGGCAGUUUCCCAUGCCAGGAUUCCCCUUCCCUCUCUGCAAGCUGACCGACACCAAAAACGCUUUUGCUGACUUCUCAAAGAGCGGCAUCCACCACAAGAACUGUUCCCCCCACGACAGCAACAUCAGGGCCGAGUACAGCCGGGCGUUCGGCAGCAGCUCCUCCAGCAUCAUCCACUCCACCACUUACGCUUCCAGGGAAGUAGGGAGAGACGACGACAUGAGGAAGGAGAGCCAUGAGAGCGUCCCCCAGGCCGUGGGGCUCGGGUCCAGGAAGCGUGCGUUUCCCGUGUUGGCCCUGGAGCAACAGAGAGAGUCUGGCAAGGAGCACGCUCCUCAGGUGGAGGAAGACCUCAUCCACCAGCACUAUCCCCUGGGCAUCUCCUCCGCCGGACGCAAGAGCCUCGUGAGUAGCCCGCAGAGCCCGCUCAAGUCUGACUGCCAGCCCAACUCCCCGACGGAGUCCAGCAGCAGCAAGAACGCCGGCCUCUCCCAGGCCAGCGGGGUGCAGGCCCAGCAGGGGACGCCGGACCCCAAAGCUCGCAACUGGAAGAAGUACAAGUUCAUCGUGCUGAACCAGAGCGCCAAGGAGGAGGAGGUGGGCCUGAGGGAUCCCGGGCUGCGCUCGCCUCAGCGCCUCGGCCUGCAGCCCUACCUGCACCCCAGCGACUCGGAGAACCUCGACCCCCAGACCACGAGCAAGAGCAGCGACCACAGCGAGGACCUGCCCGUGCCGCAGGCCAGCCGUCUCAACAACAUCAUCAACAGUACUCUUGAGGGGUCACUGAGGAACGGCGAGGCCCACCCUCCACACUACCUGAACCGUCUGAGCUGCUCCACGUGUGGCUCGCGGUCCCCACACCGCUCCGAGGGCUGUCCCAACUCCUCCCGGUCCCGCCUGUCCGAGGACAUGGCCGAGCUGCACUCAGAGUAUUCAGACUCCAGUUGUGAAAACGGUACGUUCUUCUGCAACGAGUGCGACUCCAAGUUCGCCGAGGACGAGGCUCUGAAACAACACAUGCUUCAGGUGCACAGUGACAAGCCAUACAAGUGUGACCGCUGCCAGGCUGCGUUCCGGUACAAGGGCAACCUGGCCAGCCACAAGACUGUCCACACAGGAGAGAAGCCGUAUCGCUGUAAUAUCUGUGGUGCUCAGUUUAACCGACCAGCUAACCUCAAGACUCACACUCGCAUCCACUCAGGAGAGAAGCCAUACAAAUGUGAGACAUGUGGCGCUCGGUUUGUGCAGGUUGCUCAUCUCCGCGCCCACGUGUUGAUCCACACGGGCGAGAAGCCGUACCCGUGUGAGAUCUGUGGAACGCGCUUCCGCCACCUCCAGACGCUGAAGAGCCACCUCCGCAUUCACACGGGAGAGAAGCCCUACCAUUGUGAAAAAUGCAACCUGCAUUUCCGCCACAAAAGUCAGCUCCGACUGCACCUCCGACAGAAGCACGGCGCCAUCACGAACACCAAGAUCCAGUACCGCAUGUCCACGGCAGAGAUGCCGACUGACUUAACAAAAGCCUGCUGAGCUGGACGGGGGGAAAUGACGGGAGCAGUCUCGACCUUGGCAUUUACGGACCCCAACUUGUACAAUCAUCCAAAAUUGUAGUGCCACACUGUGUUCAUUGGAUAAUUAAAUUGGCUGUGUAUGCCUUCCUAAACGGGUUUCCACUACAUGUGAACGUAGAGCCGCUUACGGCAUCUUAGUCACUUUAUCGUUUCUAUAUAAAUAUAUAUAUAUAUACACACACACAGGUAUGUUGGGGGUGUUUUUAAGCUUUGGAGGUACGUACAUAAAGCUUUAUUUUGUUGAGAAGGUUGGAAUGUAAAUGUGUUUUUUUGGAAAACAAAGUAUUUUAUAUCAGAGAACUUACUUUUCUGAAAGUAUUGAACAUUUUGAUUGACGGGUGGUACAUAUAUUUUAAGAUAACGGGCUUUGCCGCUGUAUAAAGUUGUCAAUAGGUUUUUAUGUAAAUGUACAGACAUGUUGCCAUAUUCACAUGAAGGAAGGGGGGAAAAAAGCGACAUUGUAAUUGGGUUGAGUCUAAAACAUAUCCGUUGACUAUUGCUGUCUGAUGAAGAUGUGCAUGAGGAACUCUUUUAACCGUUGCCAGCAUACGUUAACAUGGGCGACGGCAUAAAUAUUGUGACAUAUUGUGUUAUAUAUCUGUGGGGCUGCUCUCUGCAGGCAGAGCCGGCCCGAGUGUUGAGUUGCAUUUCAAGGUACUGCUUUGUAAUGACCAAGAAAACAUUUUUGCUUCGGAUACAUUUGUAUAAAUGUGACUUCUGUUUUUUCGUCAGUUUGUUUUUAAUAAGUGAACGUUUACAGUUUUUGCUCUUUGUUCUAGAUCCUGCAGUAAAGUUGUGUCAAUGUUGAGGUUUUCGUUUGUAGAUACACUGUGUAUUCAACGUGCCUUUCUCCGUGGUGACUGAAUUCCUCUCCAUUCAGCCCACGUUUAUUAAGGUACAACUCAAGGACAUCAUUCGUUUUAGAUCCCCGUGUGUGUGCGUGCGUGUGAAUAUAUAUUUCUAAAUGCUUGUCAGUAACCUUAGAAAAUGCAACUUUAUCCUUGUACAUUUUCAAGACUUGAGUUUUGGAUUGGGCUUUUUUUAAGCUGCAUUCAAAUUAUUGUAUAAUGUUAUAAAUGUAUGAAUGUAAAAUAAAGGU